UUCCUCCAGCGGAGUCUGACUGCUACACCAACUGCAGAUAAACGGGCCUUAUGCAGACUACAAUAAGGCAUUUCCUGCUUGGUUUUGGAGUACCAUCCUGCACCUGUCCCUCUCACCUCAGAUGGACGUGCCUAUGACUGGUAUUUACACCCACAAAUGCUGUCUAUUGAGUUAAUCUGGAAUGACUGCGCCUGCAGGAACAGAAGCUGAACCCAGAGGGCUGCGAUCAGGAGCUGCUGAAAUCGUGACAGUCGAAGGUCAGAAUCUGGCAACGGACAAUGUGUCGGUGAUCGAAGGAGAAAUGGCGACCAUCAGCUGCAGAGUGAAGAACAAUGAUGACUCGGUCAUUCAGCUACUCAACCCCAACAGACAGACCAUCUACUUCAAAGACGUUAGACCUCUGAAGGACAGCCGGUUCCAGCUGGUGAAUUUCUCUGACAACGAGCUGCGGGUGUCUCUGUCCAAUGUGUCACUCUCCGAUGAGGGACGCUACGUGUGCCAGCUCUACACGGAUCCUCCUCAGGAAGCCUACGCAGACAUCACUGUCCUGGUCCCACCAGGCAGCCCGAUCAUCGAAACCCGUGAGGACGUGGUCAGCGAGGGGAACGAGACGGAGCUCACCUGCACGGCAAUGGGCAGCAAGCCAGCUGCCUCCAUCAGAUGGAUGAAAGGGGAGGAGGAACUGACAGGUGAGACAACAGUAGAGGAGACGUAUGACAGGAUGUUUACUGUCACCAGCCGGGUGAGAUUUUUUGUCACCAAAGAAGAUGAUGGAAUACCGGUGGACUGCAUCAUUGACCACCCAGCUGCGAAGGACCUCCUGGCUCAGAGAAACCUGGAAGUACUAUACAAACCUGAAGUGAAGAUUGUGGUGACUUAUCCUGAAGGUUUAACCAGAGAGGGAGACAAUCUAGAUUUGACGUGUAUUGCAGAGGGAAAACCACAUCCCCAUCAGAUCAACUGGCUGAGAGUAGACGAGGAUGUGCCGCCCCACGCCGUCGUCACUGGCUCUGACCUCUACAUCGAGAACCUCAAUAAGUCGUACAACGGCACCUAUCGCUGUGUGGCAUCCAAUGCUGUGGGGGAAGCCUACGAUGACUACGUCCUCUUUGUAUAUGAUGCUCCCACCACUAGCCCCACACCCACCACCAACCCAGUCAACACGCAAGACUCCAGAGCCGGUGAGGGGGCACCACAGAAAAUUGACCACGCUGUCAUCGGAGGAGUGGUUGCCGUGGUGAUGUUUGCCAUCCUCUGUGCACUCAUUGUUCUUGGUCGAUACUUCGCCAGACACAAAGGGACUUACUUCACGCAUGAAGCCAAAGGGGCGGACGACGCGGCCGACGCAGACACGGCCAUCAUCAACGCGGAGGGGGGACACAACAACACAGACGAGAAGAAGGAGUACUAUAUCUAAACUGGACGGGCCAGGAGAGACGGGUGGGGAUGCUGAAGGUGGCGGUGCUGUGGGAGCAUAACUCUGAUUGGUUAGGAGAAAGCUUUGGAGGGCAAGAUUUUACAUGGAAGAGAUAAAAGUAAAAAGUAGGACUGGCAUGGCCAAGUGGUAAGAAGAGGAGUUGCCGAGUCUCCUAUCCGACCCUUCCUGGACUGCUGGGGCCGAUUCUGUACAGUUUAAUUAUUUUACAGACUAUUUUGUGCCUUGUUCGAUUUCUUUUGUUUAUCUUGUUGUUUUUCUUCCCCUUCACAUACUUGUUGGAUUGGAUUAUUUUCAAUAUUCUCCACCUGAUCCUGUAUUGCUUUGGGCUUUUUGAGGAGAUUAAAUGGGCCUGGUGUUUGUCUUUUUGUGCUGCAGCUAGCUUUUAGCCCACAGAACCAGAAUGGAGGAGCCACCUUAUCCACGUUCUCAUGAUAAUUAUUUUUUUUUUAUAACUUAAAUAAAUAUCCCUAACACAGUCACAACAUAUUUUACCCUGGUGGUUCAAAGUCCAACAGUCUCUCCAAACGUGUCACAUUUCCCCUCAUACAUGCAGGUAUGAUUGGGUUCAACAUACUGCAGCAUUGAUCUCACUGAUCCCUUUUGCUUUCAGGUCACUGCAUUGUUUUUUACUGAUAUGAUCAUGUUUUUUCUCAUUGUAGUAAGUAUUUUUAACUAAAAGGGAAGUAGGAGUGCCAUUACGUAUCACACUAGUCUACAAUCUCUCUAUGGUUUUAAGAACCAGUCUAAUGAUCAGUAGAUGUGAGCUCAGUUUAGCCUUUUUUAUUAGGUUAUUGUGGAUUUAAAUCCCAGAUAUCCUGACAGCUGUAAUGUGCCAUGAUAAAGUCACAAUUUCUUUUUUCCUUUUGAUAAAAACAACAAAAAAUCAAAAUAGCAGGAACUUGUAUCAACUACUGCUUCACUUUACCUUUAAAUCUAAGUUUAAAAAAUCAAGAAUUGGUUGUUAACGCCAGGAAAUUAAUUUGCCAGAGUUUUAUAUGAAGAUUGAUGCCACUUUCAUCUGUGAAGUAUAUCUUCUAAGCUAGCUCAGCAAGCAGGCAGUUAGCUUAGAUUAACAUAAAGACUUUAAUAAUGGAUAGAAAGAAUCAGCCAUAGAUAGAAAUAAAUGACAGGUAACAUAUCCCUAAAUAAUAAAUUGUUGUUUUUUUUAAUGUGCUAAUGGAAGAGCCUUAGAGAUGUUUAAAGGCAUAUUUGUCUUCAAAUAAAGGCCAACAUGCUGUUACCCUCUCUUUCCAUUACUUCAGUUGAGGUAAUUGUCUCCACGCUGUAGCUUUAUGAUGUGCAACAAUGGUUUAAUCAUUUCACUUAUCACAAUAAUCUCAUUCCAGGUCAAGUCUGUUCUUUACUUUCUUGAGUUUUAUAAAAAGAUUGCUACUACUCUCAUAUCUAUAGGAUAAGCUAAAGCUAGCCAGUUGACUAAGCUUGGCAUAAAGACUUGAAAAGGAGGGAAACAGUUGGACGAGGGGAAAAACAUCCCUGAAGAAUUCAAGAUUUUUCUUACACAAAACCAGCCAAAACAUGUUAAUGGAUGAGCUCAAGGCCUGAGAUAUACUUGCUGAUUCACCUUGCAUCCAGUUGCAUCAUGAGAUUUAUUGUAAAUAUACUUGCUUGUAUGUGAUAUGAUUCCUGGACAGCUCACCUGAUGUGUAGAUGUGAUGUGUAAACGAGAAAUAUGGAGACACUUGAGAAGUUAUUGCUGUUAUUGCUGAUGUCAAUACUAAUAUAAUGUUCACACUGACAGGCACUAGUAUGAUCAGAUCAGCUCAGACUGGUGGCUGGAGGUCAGAACCAAGGGUAUUACAGUCACUAAAACAAACUUAACUAAAACUAUAUAUUAGAACAAUUUUGAUUAACUGAAACUAUAAGAAAUUAGGCUUUACAGAAAAAAACUAACAAACUGUUUUCUUCUUUUUUUUAGUGUUUGACAGCAGCAUACUGACCAACACAUACAUCCAAGCUUGGGGAGUAUAAAAUGGCCUGAUUUAGUUAAAGAAAGUUUUACAUAAUAGUAAUUGAAUGUAUUUUUAAAAUUGUAUGGUGUUUAUUUUUCUGGUCCUUUAGGGUCUUGCCUCUAACAAGUAUCCUGUAUCAGGGGUUCUCAAACAUUUCAGCCCACGAUCCCCAAAAUGAAGGUGGCAGAGACCAGGGACCCCCACCGUAUCUGAAGGUGGUUGAGGCAUAGUUGAAAACUCCUGACCCCCACGGUUCUAUAUCACUGACAAAACAAAAGCUAACAGUAAAACUAGUAAAAACUAGACUUACAUGAAACAUUUUUGCAAAAUAAGAGUACAACUAACAAACUAGAAAAACUAAUGAAAAAUGAAAUAAAAUUAAAAACAAAAAGUGAAAAUGAAAUAAAAAUAGAAACUAAUGAAAAAUUCUACACCAUAUGCACUUGCUUUUACAAUUUUUUCCUCUGUGCAUGGAUCUAAAAGUCACUGUUAACUGUGUUCAUACAGCAGCUGAUGAAUACAGAAAGGCUCCUCUUGAAUGUUUAUAUGUAGUUUUGAAAAAUGUUGUCAAAAUAUACUCAUCAGGCAAAAACUGAACUAAUACAAACAGGCAUUAAUGCGCUCAGCUGAAAGUCACCAGUUUGCAUAAUCACUGAUUAAACUGUAACACCGAUCGUAUUUUCAUUAUUUUACUAAUAUAACUUAAAACAGAAUCUAACUGUGGUAAGCUGUUUUGACAGGCAUGUUUACAUCUAUUAACAAUGACACUUCUUAUACAUGUUGAGAUUUAUGCUCUUGAUUUAUCAGCUCAUCUUUCGCCUAGAACUUUUGUCCACUGUUGUCUGUGCUGCUGUGUUGUUUGUUACAUCUCCUCCGCCUCUUCACUGCCUCUGCCACGACUGCAUUUUGCAUCUGUGUUGUAUAAAUCUUUGAAGGAAGUGCAUGGCUGAUGUGUCAUGCUGAUGCAAGGGACAUGUGGCAGCUAUGAUCCGUGGACCUGUGAAUGCAUAGAUGACAGCAAGUAUAUCUUGGCCCUUAGAGGUGUUAGCUGGCUAAGUUUUGCCUUCAAAUAAUGAGACAGAAGAGCUGUUUCUUCAUGUUUUCCUUAUCUGUGCUGAGCUAACCGUCUCCACGCUGUAGCUUCACAUUUUGCAUAGUUACAUAACUGUUAUCGUCUCACUUAAUUCUUAAAAAGCAAAUGAGAUUUCUCCAAAUAUCCUUUAUCUAAAAUGACUUAAGUAACUUUUUCUGUUUGAGGUAUUCUUUAAAAAUUAUCCAAAUACAGGAUGGAUGGACCAAAAAACAUCAGAACUGUUGCUGUAAUAAUUAAAGAGCAAAAAGACCGCCUAUCGUCAUGCUCUAGGGUGAGACCUUAUUUUACAGAAUUUCCACCCAGUAGUAUCUGAUCAUUAAGUCUUAUUAGAAUGUAUUUUUGUUAUGUUUUAGCACAACCUGCUGUGUGUGCUUUUUGUUUAAACAUGAAUUUCUUCACAUUUUCAUCCAACCCACAUGGUCAACCCUGGACCAAAUAUAACAAUUAUUCCAGCCUGCACACAUACACUAAAUAUCACAUGUAUACAGCAAAGGCUCAGAAUCUGCUCCUCUUGAAAUUACUAAUUUUUUUUAAAUCUGAUGAUAGAGUACAUGACCACUUAACUGGAAAUGUAACAAGGACAUUAGUCUAUUUAAUUUCCAAGGUUUUCUCCUUUUUAUUUAAUUGCUGUGUGUUAAAGGUGGUGACAAUAUUAAACUUUCAAUAGCAGUUUCCUUUCACUAAAGUAUCACUGAGGUAUGUUGGUAUGAAAAACCACAGCUUGUGAAAAAACAUUUUCACUGCUGAUUUCCUCUGCAUCGAAACCCUGGCUACAUAAACUUUUUGCCCUUGCUCGUACACCAUAACAGAGACAUUCAGUUACAUUUCCCCGCCGUCUGUAAAGACAUUUUACCUUUGGGUUGUCUUUGAUAACUUGUAAGGGCUCUCGGCCUUGCAAGUUAUCAAAGAUUUGCGCCGAGCUUUGGACUCAGUUUGGGAAAAGAUCAUUUUCUUACUGUCAUCCUGCAGCCUCAAACCUUCACAGAGAAGCCGUCUACUGUUACAAAUGAUUUUUUACAUGCCGAUACAAAUCAGAAGAUGCUACGCUCGCAGACAGAGACGCAGCGUGCGUGCACACUCCAUGCAUGCUAAACACCUCUGUCACAGCUAGAGGAGAAAAAUCUGUUUGGUAAUUAGUGAGGGGUUUCAUUGUAUUGCCUGAAUAAGAAAUAGAAAAUCUGUAAAUGUAUUAUGAAAAAGGAUAACCACUGCCUUAAAACCACCUCUUGAUACUUAUCAUUGGAAAGGAAAAGACUGAAGGACUUAAUUUAGUGCCUUCUUUGAUUUUGAGGCAAAUGGUUAGUAUCCAACAGUAUCCUCAUGUACACUCUUUCAGUAUAUCUUGUAUAUUUCUGUCCUUUCUAAAACAGGGCCAGUACUCACACGCAUCGUCUGUAUUUACAUACCGUGGACUUGCAUUAUAAAGUAACAACCUGGAGCGUAAAAAAUAGUGAAGUACGUCUUUGUUUAUCAGGGUGGCAGCUUCCAUUUAAUCGAAUGUUGUAUGCCAGGAUGUGUUAUUUAUUGUCUUAAUUAUGGUUUGCAAAAGAAUAUCAAAUUGAACAUGAUUUCUUUCUCUGCUUCACUUUGUUACUUCUUUGGAUAUCUUCAAGGACAAGGCUCACUAGUAGAAUCAGAGACGGUUAGAGUACUAAAAGCUAUAAAAGCUUCAAUUAAAGUACAUUUUUCUGGAUUUCUGGUGUCAUGGAAACUGUUAUGUGCAUGACAAUUUCUAUUUUGAGGUUCGAUAUUUGUCUUAAAUGGUUACAAAGUGACUGCUGCUUUUAAAUCGGGGAACAUGAAAAGAUUGUCUGAAGCAUCAUCCUGAACCGGUUUCUAUGAUUUCUUUUCAAAUACUUGAUAUUUAGUAUGUUUAUUUUCACUCUCUCAGGUUCAUGAGUGUUAAUAGUUGUGUUUUUUGCAUCUCAGGUAGAAUGCAAAUUUUAAACGGCCCCGAGUAUAUACUGUAGUACCACAGCUAUUCAAAAAGUAAAGUAAAGAAAUCACAAGGUGUACAUGUUUUUUCCUCAUUUGUACAUGUUUAUGUGUUCUUAAUAUGGUGCACUGUUACAGUAAACGUUAAAUAUUAUUUUGCAUAGACCUAGUUCACAAAGAAAGACAACUAGAUUUGUUAAGCAGACAAAAAUUAUGUACAGUCAGUGUUGACAAAAUCACAAUGAUGUUCAUGACAACUUCUUCUUCUCCACUGUAACACUUUGCUUAUACAGUAUCGGUUAUUUAGUAAUUAUAGGAUGUGACCACAGACAGUCAAUCAAUCUGUUUGCAUUCAGUCAAGUAACGCAUACAUUUUCAUAGAUGAAA